UGUACUGACUAAUUGAAGAUGCUGCGGCGCGCGUGGGUCGCUCAGAGCAAGGGCCUCUUCGAAAACCCGACUCGUCGCAACUCAGCGUUCGCAGGGCCGGGCGUGCCAGGUCGCCCCCGGGACCCUGGCCCCAUGACUCCUGCCCCAAAGCCCACUCCACCCGAUCUCCCUUUCCUGAGGCUGUUUCUGGUUGCCGCUUUGGUCGCUCUGGAGCUCAAGGGCUCGGGUUGCCUGCCGCCCCACUCUCCACGCAAAAACUUGGUUUUCUUCUUAGGGGCACUUGCAGGUAGACUUGGAGGAAGAAGAGUAAAGGAUCGAGCAGCUCAGCCCUCCCUCCCGACGGUGGAUGCCCGGCGUCGACCGACACCUCAGGUCCGGGUGCGGAGGCCGUGGGCGCCCCUGCGCGACCGUCCGUGCCCAGCAAAAGCCGCGCGGCUUUCGCCUUUGCUGGUCCCGCGCCACCGCUGGGGCGGACUGCGAAAGGGUUGGGAAGAGCAAAGGGUUUUUUUGUUUUGUUUGAGACGCAGAAGCCCUUUAAAAAGCCCGGCGAGGACAGAUCCAGAAGUAGAGAAAGGAGACGGAGGCAAGCUGGUGCCCGCGAGGCAGAGGGACAGUGGAAGGGGCGGGCACCCGGGAUCCCCGGAAAACCCUCGGCCCCAAGGAAUCUCCUGGGGCGGGAGCACGCGGUUCUAAAACCGAGAGGAUAGGGAGGGGAAGGGGGAGUUGCCUUUCAAUUUCGGACUCACCAGGAUUCAUUUCUCAUCACAUUUUUCUUCUCAAAUUUUUAAAUCGAAAAGAUAAAAGCCAAAAGAACUUUCAUCCCCAGAACUUUUUCUUGGGGGAAAGGAAUGCAACUCGGGGUGGUUGUCCUUCACUUCCCUACCCGAAUCUUCUCCUAAUGCCGAAAUGUGUUUACAGGUAGCCUCAGUUUACCAACUAUGUAUCUUUUGGGGUGUUUACGUCUCACAAAGCCUUCAACUCAUAAACCGCGAUCCUUGAAAACCAUCCUCCAAAGAAGUGCUUAGGAGGCGUCUGAGGCCCCCGGACCAACUCCCGCUGGAAAAAGCCUGCAGGGACCCGGGAAUCACGGGAUCCUUUCCCGUCGGUUCCCGGCCGGGAGGGCCAGGAAGAGCCGCGCGUCCGCCUUUCGUCCCGCCAGGAACUCCCCAUAGGACACGACACCGCAGGAACGCGCGUCCUGGGAGCCCCUGGGAUCCUGGCGGUCGUCUCCACGGACCCUACACCAUGAAAUGAUAGAGGGGAGGCUCCUUCGGUUCCGCAAGUCGACGAAAAUAGCUCAUGGAGAAGGCGCCUCCUGCAACUGCAGUUCGCAAGCUCUCGGGGCGCCCCGCCAGCUGGGGGCCAGAUUGGGUGACACUCCCCUCGACGCAGCCUCCGGAGCGGCGCGCACUCUCCAGAGGCCAGCAAGACUGCGCUCUCUACCGCAGAACCAGCUCCAGCUAGUGUGCGGGAACAGUGUGACCUAAACAAGAACAUAGUGUCACUAUAGGAUGAGUGACACUUGAAAGCAGAAGCAGAGUGCUACAUGGACACCUGACUGUACCAAAUGGUUAUUGUGGUUUCCCAAUCAGAUGCCAAUUGUGGAAUACCAGCUAAUAUUCUACCCUCAAUUGAUGCUAAAAGCUUUCCAGUCUUUCUCAAGGAAACCUGGCCAAAGGGAUAUGUGAUCCAAGGAAUUGUUACUGUAUAAGUAAAACUUGGAUGUUUUUACUAAUAGUCCACAUAUUUCACAGCCCUUUGGUGGAGAGCCUUUUUCAUUAAUGUUCUGUUCAAGAAUAAUUGCAUAGUAUUUAUAAUCCUCUCAGGGAUUAAGUAUAGAUGUAACAUACAACUCAAAAAUGCUUGUUGAUGUUCACUUUGUAAAAAUUCAUCAAGUUGUUUACUUGAUAUUCAUGCACUUUCUUUUUGUGUUAUAUAUUUUUUAAUUAAAUGCUUAU